UUUUCUGGGUCUGAAGUUCACUUUCCCAUGCUGCCAUGCACGUGCCCAAUGAACGUACUUUCCAAAUCCAGCCGGAAAUAAACAAAGAAAAAGUCCGAACAGAGCUUACGUGCGCAAAAUCUAAUACAGAACAUUUGAUCCUCUUCUCCUUAAAAUCUCCCAAACCAAAGAGCUGUCGUCACCACAUUUGAAGAAUCAGAAAAAGCGGUUCCUGAGAGCUCCCUCGGUUGGAAACUGAAACUAAUCUUCAUCUUCAUCUUCGUAAAAUUCCAGCUGAUCAUCCAGAUGGGUAGAAAAGCAACUAAGCCUUCACCAAAGAUACCAUCAUUUUUCAAGGCCCUGGUUGGCGACUUCUCUCACUGUUUGAGUAUACCACCCGAAUUUAUGAACUAUGUCAAUGGACGAUUGCCUCCAACAUGUACUUUUAGAGGUCCUAGUGGAGAAUGUUGGACAGUGGGUUUGGAGCUGAGAGGGGAUCGAUUUGUCUUCCAUAACGGUUGGCAGGGUUUUGUGAAGGACCAUUCUUUGGAAAUUGCAAAUUUUUUGGUUUUUGAUUAUGAUGGCAAGUCCAAGUUUGAUGUCACAAUGUAUGAUCCAAUUGGCACUGAGAAGGAGUUAGAACCAGCCAAGAAGAGAAGGGGAAAUCAAGCUCGAGUAGAGAAGGAGAUCAUUGAGCUUGAAACUAAAGAACCCGACGAAGAGAGUGAAGAAGAUGCUUGUAUAUCGAACAUAAGGAAGUGCAAGUCUGGAAAGAGGAUUGCAACUGAUGGUGGGAAAGAAAUAUCAAAUGCACAUGUUGUGUUCAGAUCGAAGCAUCCAUGCUUCAUUGGAGCUAUGACGAAGAACCACUAUCGCCUAAAUAUCCCAAAGGCGCUGGCUGUAGCUAAAGGUCUCAUUAGAAAGAAGAGUGUAAAGGUUGAAGAUCCAAAUGGGAUAUCAUGGGAUGUUAAACUAAGGCUCGAUGGAAAGGAACAUCGCGGUGGUCGUUUGUUCAUGACAAAAGGGUUGUCAAAAUGUUUUCAUGCAAACAACAUUUCACUUGGGGACACACUGGUUUUUGAGCUUUUCAACGCGAAGAGCGAUGGAAUGAAAAUACAUAUUUUCAGAGGAAACAGGAAUGUUUCACUGGAUGCCUCCAAUGUCGAAUAUUAUGGCUGUAGUUGACAUCAGAGCCUAAUUGCAAUGAUCAGUAAAUUUCAGGACUUAUUGUGGGAAGCCACUUAGGAAUUGUUCAGAUUUAUGUAUGGUAGUUGUUGGAGAGAAACAAUAUCUGACUGAUAUGGGUGGUUUUAGAUGUAAGAUUUAGAUGUGUGAAAUUUGAUUGAUUAGCAGAUUUCAAUCGUUGCA